CCGAGCCCAGCCCGAGGGCCGCUUCCGCCGCCACCAUGGGCGUCCCGGGGCUGACGGGCUUGGUGGAGGAGCGCGGGGCGUUCUUCGCCGAGCUGCGGCUGCGGGACACCAAGCUGGUGAUCGACGGCAGCAGCCUGUACUACCACCUCUUCUUCGCCUCCGACGCCGAUUGCCGCCGCGGUGGAGAUUACGGCCAAUUCGCGGCGGCCGCGGGCGAGUUCUUCGCCGCGCUGCGGUCGUGCGGCGUGGCCGCCUUCGUGGUGCUGGACGGCGGGCGCGGGGCGGCGGACAGGAAGCUGUGCACGCUGAUGGAGCGAGCCGCAGAGCGGCUGCGGCGGGCACACGGGCUGUGCCAAGGGGACCGAGGCCGCGUGCUGCCGCUGCUGGCGCGGCACGUCUUCGUGCAGGCGCUGCGCCGGGCGGCCGUGCCCUUCGUGCAGUGCUGGGCCGAGGCCGACCGCGAGGUCGCGGCGCUGGCCAACCGCUGGGGCUGCCCCGUGCUGUCCCUCGACAGCGACUUCUUCAUCUUCGAGCUGACGGGCGGGUACUGCCCGCUGAGCGCGUUCCGCUGGCGGGACGUCCGCGCCGAGCCUUCGGGACGCUACAUCCCCGCGAGGCGCUUCGAGGCGGACACGUUCUGCCGGCACUUCGGGCGGCUGAGGAGGAGCGUGCUGCCGCUAUUCGCCGGCAUCAGCGGCUACGACUACGUGGACGUGGCGGCGUUUGAGGGGCUCUUCGGCGAGGUGCGGCUGCCCGGGAGGCACGGCCGGGCGCGGGGGCUGCUCGGCUGGCUGGCGGGCUUCACCGGGCCCGAGGAGGCGGCGGACGCCGUGCUGAAGCGGCUGGGAAGGCGGCGGAGGGGCGCGGCGAGAGAGAUGCUGCGAGCCGCGCUGGAGGACUAUGCGCCGACAGAGGAGAACCUCGAGGAGUUCUUCAUGGACGGCCGAUACCGCUGCCACGAGGCCGAGGCCUCGGGGCUGCCGCCGUGGAUGCUGGGCGCGUUGGCCAAAGGCGAGCUGGCCCCGCUGGUCACAAACGUGGCGACGCUGAGGAGCACCUUCCUCCACGUCCAGGUGGAGGAUAUGAGGCGGCCCAGCGCACACUGCGCCGCGCUGCCCAUCCGGCAGGUGCUGUACGGCCUGCUGCUCCGCACAGCUCCCAACCCACAGUGUAAGGCACAGGGCAGUGCGCUGCCGGCCGUGUGUGAGUUCGACCGAGUCCAAAAGUCAAUUAAAAAGACGUUUGUUGAAGCAGCAAGCCUUCCUGCGCCUUUUGGGGAUGAUGGUUUUGCUUUGGACAAGUUAGUGGAGGUGCCUGUGUUGCGCCGUCAGCUGCUUCUGCUGGAGACUUUAGGAGUGAAAAUGAAUUUGCUAGAAUCUGUCCCUGCCCACUUGCAGCUCCCUGUUGCUGUAACCUGUUACUGGACACGUUGUUCAGAACCUAAAGUGAAUCUGCAUCACUUAAAGGCUCUACUUCUAAUGAUAGUAUCUGGAGAACUGCACAGGAUAACAAAUGAUCCAGAUCUCACAGUUCUCCACCCUGAAGACAACAGUAUUGCUUAUAAUGAAUUUCUAAAAUGGAAGGAAGAGAAACUGCAAAACAAAGACUUUGAUUUAGAUGCUGCACAUGGCUUUUGCCAGUGGCAGUGCUGUCUUGAGAUGGGAUUGUAUCUCAACCAGCUACUCUGCAGUCCUCUCCCUGAGCCAGACUUAGCUAGGCUUUACAGUGGGACCCUCGUGCAUGGACUGUAUCAAGAGCUGAAGUCAACACCUUCCGUGGAAAAUGUAUUCAGUCCUUCUCCGAAAAUGACUGCGCUUUAUCAGGUUCUGUUGAAAACAGUCAUGUCAGCUCUACCUCCGGACUUCUUUCAGAAGAAAACAGAGGCCAGAUCUGAGUCCUGCAAAAAGAAAAAAGCAUCUAAAAAGACAAAGGCCAUCAGGUGCGCUGUAUCUGAAACUCAGCGUUUAUGUGAUGUUAACAGGUUUGCAUCACUCAGUGUGGAUGACUGAAGUCAUUACUCCUAAAAUCAUUUCUAAUGCCAUGGAGACAGAAGAAAUUACAUUUAAAAUGUGACUUUAAUGGAAUUUGCUUGGCUGUUUGGCUGUUUUCAUGCAAGUUCCUGAUAUUUUUUUAUAGUAUUUAUUUUUUUACCAACAAGUCUCACUUCAGGAUUUAGUAUUUUUGUAAUUAAAACUCCUGUAAGAAAGGUGCCACAUACAACUUG